AUGUCCAUUGACCCCACUGAGAUCAGCUACAUACAGAUCUUCCCGCCUAUAGGCAUAGCUCGUCUUGGAGAUUCCGGCUUCAAUCUCGACACUGGAGAACCAGAUGGCGACAUCGAAUAUUUCCUUUCUCCUGAAGUGCCCGGCUCUGACGACGUCUCACCCGCUGUGAACAAUAGUUUUAGAGACUCGAAGUAUAGAAUCAAGCGCAUGGUGUGCAGUUUUGAAUUUCCUCUCGCUUCUGUCAAUAAAAAGUAUGCUAUACAGGCUGUUCGUUUCCGCGCAUACGCCUACGAUAAAAACGGGAAAAACCUUGGCGAAAUAAAAUCCGGCGACAAAUCACAGUAUACUCUCACUUGGACUGUUCAUGUCGCCAAUCAUAAAGGUGCAUAUCAUACGUUCAGAGGGCAAUAUUCAACGGCGGAUAUAAGCUUGAGGAACCCAGAUGUUCAGCCAACGACGACAUAUGACAAUCGAACUGACCUGAUCGUCGAUGCCCAAGAGCAGCAAAUAUCAGGUCUGAAGAUGAUAACAGAUUUGAAAGGGGGUUUCAAGGGAUCCAAAGCUAACCCUGUCGAAGUACAUCUUGGGCAAAUUCGCACCGACGAGCAUGGGCGUCUUAUUUUCAUCGGUGGAGCUGGAUAUUCGCGCUCCGUCGCGGAUCCCAGCCAGCCCCAUUUUCAGCCAGACAUAAUUUCUGCAUUUGACAGCAUUGACUGGGUCGACGAUACAUGUGAUGGUUGGGUUAAUGUUACGGUCAAACAUCCGGAUCUCGCGGAAAUUCUCGCAGCGCUUCAAAAAUCAACUAUACUGGUCGCGCCUCCAAGAUUUGUAUGGGGUAUCCAGGCUCCGACGACCUUGUACGACCUCAUCGCGAACAUCUACAAUAAAGAAAAGGGCUGGAAGGAUCAUGAAGGGACACUGUUUUACUGGGAUAUAUGGCCCGUCUUGCUUUCCUGCUAUACUCUGUCAUGGGUCAAUAAUGAAGCAUAUCAAGGUCAUGGUGUUGCCGGUAUGGGGAAUUUCUUGCCUAUAAAAUCUAAGCUGGCCACACCGGGAAAAGCCAUGUCUGACGCAAUUCUACGCGACCGUAUUUUCAAGCGGUUGAGAGCGCCAGACUACGAGAAGCCAGACCAGGCAUCGACAAAGUUUAUGCCGAGGCUGUCUGGUGACGGUGGUGAUCUUGAUCGGCCUGGCGAGCCUAUAGGUUCAAAAAAUCUCAUCAGAAAUUUCGCCGCGCUCACUAAGCUUCAGUACGAUCACUUUUCCAAGUGGAAAGACGGAGACUUUCUCGCGGACGACGCCCCGUGGAGCUCGUACAAAGACAUCGAGUCUGUCCCUACUACCUUGCAGCCGCUGUUCCUGACACGAGCUGCGCUCGAGCACACCAUAGGCGAACCCCUAUAUCCUGGAAUUGAGAUGUCUUGGGAGGCUAGGGAGUCACAAAUGUACGUGCUGGAGCGGCACCCUUCCAGCAAGGACAGCGACCCUCCAUUCCGUAUCAAUCACGAUUUGUUCCCGGCUGGCCAUGUCUGUCGUGGUCUGAGCCUUCCAUGGCAGAGUGAUUUCAAUCAAUGCAACACUUACUGGUGGCCAUCCUCUCGUCCUGAUGAUAUCAUUAAUAUUCUUAGCCUGGACGGCUUGCCGCAUGGGGUGACACCCUCGAGGCCUGACCCGACAAUCCGUGAUAUCUCUGUCGACGAAUUCAUAAAAACUGUCUCCCCACAGAGAAGAAAGUGGUCUCGCGGCAUACGCAAUACCCCGGAGUUUCCGAGUAGCUUCUAUCCAGGAAGCACGGAUAUGGUUCGAUUCUGGCAGAAGCUUGGGUUUGUGACGAAGCUCCCGGACACCACUGUUGGCGGGCUUCCCAUGUGGUUGGAAUCGGAGCGCGUACACAUUGAUAGGAGCCGGUCAAUGAACCGAGGGGUCAUUACGGCACCCUUCUCAAACGUGCAAGACGACAUCGAUUGA